AUCUUAGUCAUCUUGCAUUCAUCAACACCAACGAGAGCCUCAACUUCCCAUUGCAAGCACCAGUGAAGUGCAGUAAAGACCACUAAUUUAAUUAAUUCUAACGGGGCUGUUACCAAGGAGAAAUGAACUGAAAUUAAAAAAUUUCAAAUUUGAAAGAAAAAGUACCUGGAAUGCUGCAUUGAUGAAGAGAAAAGCCGAAGAGGGCAAUAAUAAAAUGGCAGGCGGUUCAUCGAACGCUGAAUCAUCGCCAAAACGGAUUUGCCGAGAUUUUCUUCGGAAUGUUUGUCAUCGUGGAAAGCGUUGUAAAUACUUGCACGAAAGAUCCGAAGAUGAUCCCAUAGAAGAAUACACAUUCUGUCACGAUUUUCAAAAUGGUAUAUGUAAUUGGCUCGGUUGCAAAUUCAUUCACUGCACUGAGAAUGAAGAAAAACAUUUUAGAGUAACAGGAGAAUUGCCGCCUCAUAUUGUAAAUCGAUUAAAAAAUAAUUCCGAUAAGACAGAAUUACCAGUGUGUAAGGACUUCAUAAAGGGAAGUUGCCAAAGGGUAAAUUGUAAAUUUCGGCAUCAUAAGAAAGAGGAACCUCAGCACAAUCAUAUUCCAUCGCCUCAUAUCAGUCAACCAAGACCUCAGCAUAAUUAUAAUAUCAACGGUGGUGGUGACAAUAGGCGAUUUGAAGAGGACAGAAAUUAUCACUGGAAAAUAGAGGAUCAGCACCCAGUGGUGCAGAACAACGGGUACAAUGCAUCGCCUCAUCAGGGUGAUUACAUAGGUCCACCUGAACCCAAAAGAAGAAUAGUCUCCGGUGAAACUGUUGUACAUUUCGAAGCCUCACCACUACUCGGCCAGCAUACUACACAGCAGGUUACACCUGGAUACUAUUAUCCCGUUAUUGCGAGGAAUGAAGCUAGGGCUAUUGUUCUCGAAGACGAAAACUCAUUGCUGAGAAAAAAAAUUGACGAGUUAAAGAAACAGGUGAGCGAUUUAACAGCGACAAACGAAUUUCUGCUUGAUCAAAAUGCUCAACUUAGGAUGUCUGGCAAGCGGACUGCUAACGUGACAGCCGUAACAGUACCAGCUGUAACAAUAACAAAUACAGUCCCCCCAUCUCAAGCACCAACACCUCAGCAAAUGGUGAAUGCAGCAGUUGCAGCGGGAACUCUGAGAACAGUGACAGCGAGUGUUGCCACUGUUCCCGUCAGCAUUGCAACAGUAACUCCAGUUUCAAUUGCUGCUGUAUCAAUGGCUCCUGUAUCAAUACCACCACCAAUUGUUACAAUGGCUCAGCAGACGAUAACAAUGAGUGGAUCUGGACCACAGCCUGCCAAUCAACAGCAACCCAACUCCCAACAAUCUGCAAGCUUACCACUAUCAAUAUCUGGUGCUACAGCACCCCUCGUUUCUUACCCCAUCAUGACUCAAGAGCUCAGGCCUGUGUUACAAUGAAAUUAAAUAACAAGCGUAUUCACAAGGUGAAUUCAAAUC